CCCCACAAAAAACAAUUAAUUCCGUUAAAAUUUUUAACAAGUUAAAAUCUAUGAAAUCCAUUCAUUUAAUUAAUAAAUUAAAAUUAUGACCAUACAUUUAACUUAUUCGGACCAAAGCGAGGUCUGAAUUAUCCUAAUGUGGCGAUAAAUACAUGUGCGUGGCUGAGUACAUUCUUGCAUAUAACACAUAUAGAGGAACACUUUCACCCACAAAUAGAGGUCAGUGGGGAAAGUGAGGACAUUUUCGCAGUCCUCACUUUUUUUGCAGCUUCUAGCUUAGGUAGCUUUAAAGGUAAGCAGUGGAUUAAGUUCUGGUUAGGGUUAGUAAGGACUAAACUAGUAUUGUGUAGUGUCCUGGUUAGGCACAAAUGCAGUUAGUAAAAUGAAUGGAAGUCAAUGCAAAGUCCUCAGUUUGUAUAGAAGUACAUGGAUGUGUGUGUGUGUGUGCGCGUGUGUGGUGUGUGUGGUGUGUGUGGUGGGGGUGUGCUCUCACAUGUUAAAGUCAUCACACAGGAAUCUGUUGUUGGAAGGAAACUCUGAGCCUCUCCUCCCUUUAACUCUUCAUCAUCUGAGAAUAAUUUAGUGUCUGCAAGAUUUUUAUGAUCAUCUUCAGAUAUUCCACCUUAAAUCUCUCUGAGCCUGUGUGUGUGUGUGCAGAGGACGAGCGCUGCCGUCUGUACUGUCAGUCCAAGGAGACGGGUGCCGUGGUGUCCAUGAACAGAAUGGUGCAUGAUGGGACGCUGUGUUCCUACGACGAUGCCUACAGCGUCUGCGUCCGAGGAGAGUGUGAGCAUGUGGGAUGCGACGGCCAGAUCGCCUCGGACCGUCGGGAGGAUCAGUGCGGAGUCUGUGGGGGAGACGACUCCACCUGUAAGAUCGUUAAGGGGAACUUCACCCGCAGCACCAGGAAGCUAGGUUACCUGAAGAUGCUGGAAAUCCCCAAAGGAGCCAGGCAUCUGGUGAUUCAGGAGUUUAAGGGGAGCCCUCACACCCUGGCCGUGAAGAACCAGGAGACGGAUCACUUCUUCCUCAACGAUGAACAUGAGAUUCCUGAGAGCCAGGUGGUGAUAGAGAAGGGAGUGGUGUGGCAGUACAACAAGACUGGUGAGCAGGAGGCGCUGCACAGCGACGGGCCGCUGAAGUACGGCGUCAUACUCAUGGUCCGUUCUCACCUGGACUCCAAGGUAACGGUGUCUUACAGCUACAUCAUUCAGGACUACAUCCGCUCCUCUCUUGAGUCCAACCUGGUGCAGGAGGAAGCUGUGGUCUAUGAGUGGGCCCUGAAGAAGUGGUCCCACUGUUCCCAGCAAUGCGGUGGAGGGACGCAGUACACCCGGUUUGGCUGCAGGAGGAAGGCUGACGGGAAAAUGGUGGAGAGGGUCUACUGCUCCGACAUCAACAAGCCCAGACCCAUCAGCCGCAAGUGCAAUGCCGAGAGCUGCAGAUCUCCACAGUGGGUGACUGGGGACUGGGAGGCCUGCAGCGCCUCCUGUGGGCAGACAGGGUGGCAGCGCCGCUGGGUGAGCUGCCAGCAGGAGUCCAGCAGUGGGAAGCAGCGCCGCUCAGUGAACAGCAAGCUCUGUGGCGAUGACCGGCCAGAGGCCAAGCAGACCUGCAACCGGUUCCUCUGCCCCGCUGGUUGGAGGACCGGGCCCUGGACCGCGUGUUCGGCCUCCUGUGGAAACGGGACUCAGGACCGUCAGGUUGCGUGUUUGAAUCCUGAAGGCUCACCUGGAAACUGCAGCGAUCUGCAGCCAAUAGCAGCGCGCCCUUGUCAGGCCCCGCCCUGCAACGGAGAUCCGAAGAAUGCCAUCAUCCUCUGGCUGUCCAGGUCCAACCCCAGCUUCCCGGCUCCACAGACAUCUCCCAGGCAGCGUUGCCGUGGCGACCGCUCUGUCUUCUGCCGGAUGGAGGCGCUGAGUCGGUACUGUUCGAUCCCUGGAUACAGACAGAUGUGCUGCAAGUCCUGCAGCGAGAGGAACGCCAGCAACUCUGAUGGGUUCAGUAACUUCACCAACUCCAGCAACUUCACCAACUCCAGCAACUUCACCAACUCCAGCAACUUCAUCAAUUCCAGCAACUUCACCAACUCCAGCAACUUCACCAAAUCCAGCAACUUCAUCAAUUCCAGCAACUUCACCAACUCCAGCAACUCCAGCAGCCAGAGUCCCACUGACUCCCCAGCAAACAACAGCAGUUCCUGGGAGUUGACUGAAAUGAUGAUGUCGGUGACCUCGUCUACCUCAUCGGUUGGUGAUGUAAUCAGUGAUGUCACCAGCACACCAACCCCUACAAGCAAGAGCAGCACCGACUUUGUCUAUGUGGACUACGACUACGAGUUUCAGACGUACGUCGACAAAACGUCUGUUUUUCCAGCUACCACGGCUGCCGCAAUUACUGCGGUUACCAUGGUUACCACGGUUACCUCCACAGCUGGAACUACGACAGCACCGCCGAUAGGAACCACUCCAGAGUAUCUGCUGAGCAGGAGAACCGCCCCGGUGUCCGUGGUUACGGUUGAUCAGAACCAGACAGCGCCACCAAUCAGAACCUCCGAACGCACUGCCACAGCACCAGGUGUGCCGGCACCGGCCUCCAGGGAGAAGAACUCGGUGGAUGAGGUCCAGUACCGGGUGGUUGGAGCGGACGGUACCACCAGAAACCAGCAGAACCUCUUCGUUCCCCGCGUGCUGCCUUUCCACGAACGGACUCAGAACCAGCGCAUCCAGCAGCUUCUGAAGGAGAGGCAGCUCCAGAACCUUCUGAGGCUGGAAGAACGGACCAGGGCGAGGCGGAACCUCCUGGCCCAGCAGAACCAGACCAGGGCUAGGUGGAGGGACUGACCCAGUUCUGUUGGGCUUAAUAAUAUCAGUCAAUGAGAAACAGAAACUGACAGAAACUCCUCCAUCUUUGUUUCUCUGAGCUUAAAGCAAAGUUACUCUAUCAGGCAUGAACGACCAGAACCGGGCCGCAGAACGCUCCGGUUCUGUUGGGUUUUAUACUCAUGCUGUUUGUACCAACUAAUCCUGUCUUAAUAAAGCAAAGUCUCUUCCA